UAAUUUAUCCGCAUCUCAGUGUUUAGAAAGAAGUCAUGUGAGCUUCCGAGCUGCGGGGACAGAGGCAGUGGAGAACGUGUGCAUCAGUGCAGAGUGCUGCUGGAGCCCUGGCAGAGCGAGAGGGAGGCAGAGGGAGCCUGAGAGAGAAAAGGCGAAGUGGUGGGAGCUGGAACAGCAGCAACUGCUGCUGCUGCACGGAGCAGCUCAUGCCUGGGAACCCGCUCUGCUGCCAGCACGCCUCUCUGAGGGCGCAGGUGCCUCACAUUCAAAAGUCCUAGGUGGUCAGUGGCACUUCCAGGAGCCAAGCACAGCGGCUUUAUUCUUUUCUUUUCCUGCAAAGAGCACCUGUUUGAGGACUCCGCUUCUUUUCCUGGACUGAAAGCUUACUUGCCUCCUGCUGGGUGCACUCUCCUCCUGGUUUCCCUCCUGCCUGUGGGGACUGUACCCCUAUGGAUGCCCCCAUACAGAUUUUCCGUGAGGAGCCAGACUCCACCUGCUCCCCAGGGCCCUGCCGACCCGCCAGCACCAGCAGCAGCUGGCUCCCGGGCUGGGCAGACUAUGACAGCAAUGCCACUGGGGCAUUUGGGGACGGCCAGCACAACAACACCAGCAUCUCCCCUGCCAUUCCCAUCAUCAUCACUGCUGUCUACUCGGUGGUCUUCGUCGUGGGCUUGGUGGGAAACUCCCUGGUCAUGUUUGUCAUCGUAAGGUACACGAAGAUGAAGACAGCGACCAACAUCUACAUCUUCAACCUGGCUAUGGCAGAUGCACUUGUUACCACCACCAUGCCUUUCCAAAGCACCGAGUACCUGAUGAACUCCUGGCCCUUUGGUGACGUGCUGUGUAAAAUAGUGAUUUCUAUUGACUAUUAUAACAUGUUUACCAGCAUUUUCACACUCACCAUGAUGAGUGUUGAUCGCUACAUUGCUGUGUGUCACCCUGUGAAGGCUCUGGACUUUCGUACACCUCUCAAAGCGAAGAUAAUCAACAUUUGUAUCUGGCUGCUGUCCUCAUCUGUUGGUAUAUCAGCAAUAGUUCUUGGAGGCACCAAAGUAAGGGAAGAUACCGCUAGCACUGAAUGCUCCUUGCAGUUUCCAGACAGAGAUUAUGUGUGGUGGGACAUCUUCAUGAAAAUCUGUGUCUUUGUCUUUGCAUUUGUAAUUCCAGUCCUCAUUAUAAUUGUUUGCUAUACCCUGAUGAUUCUGCGCCUGAAAAGCGUACGGCUUCUCUCCGGGUCUCGAGAAAAAGAUCGAAACCUGCGUCGCAUCACCAGGCUGGUUCUUGUGGUUGUGGCAGUUUUUAUUAUCUGCUGGACUCCUAUUCACAUCUUUGUGCUGGUUGAGGCCUUAGGGGACGUGUCCCACAGUACUGCUGCCAUAUCCAGCUACUACUUCUGCAUCGCUUUGGGUUACACCAACAGCAGCCUCAACCCAAUCCUUUAUGCGUUUUUGGAUGAAAACUUCAAGAGAUGCUUCAAGGACUUCUGCUUCCCCCUCAAGAUGAGGAUGGACAGGCAGAGCACCAGCAGAGUCAGAAACACUGUGCAAGACCCAGCUUACAUGAGGGAAGCAGGUGGGGCAAACAAACCUGUAUGACUAGUCGUGGAAAUGUCAUCUUACUGUCCUCAGGAGAGAGAGGAGUCCAACGACCUUGGACUGACACAGAUUACCACUGCAGUUUGAAAUUGACUCGCCCAGACAGACAUUUCUGGAAUAUUUCAGAAAUCCCAGCAGUUUCAGCUAAAGCAAGUUUAUUAUUGAUAAACAAGAACCGCCUGAAAAUGAGCUCAAAUGAAAAGGACCUGGAUGAUAGCCAGGUUUUGGCACC